GGCUGGAGCUGUCCGCGGCUCCCCCCCCCGCCCCGUCUGUUCCCCCUCCCCCCACCCCAGGGCUGGCCUGGCCUGUCAGGCGGCCUCGGCCCUGCUCGGCGGCGGCUGCUGAGAACCCCCCGCCCGCUCCGGGCCACGAUCCCUGCCCUUGUGUGGCAGCCCCGACCCCGCAGGCGGGCUUGUCUCUCCCCGGGGCAGCGUCUUACGCGUCGAGCCAAGCGCAGCCCGGUUCCAGCCCCCCCCCCCCCCCCCCCCCGCCCGUUCAGCGCAGCGGCCGGCUGCUGCUUGUGCAGCGGCGUGUUCCCCUCCUGCAGAGCCCCCUGAGCGGGGUGAAUUUUCGUACAGGGCGGUAGAGGCUCAAGAGCAUAGUCUGUGGUAUCAGCCACGUCUACACUACCCACUGGAUCGGCGGGUAGUGAUCGAUCUAUCGGGGAUCGAUUUAUCGUGCCUAGUGUAGACACGAUAAAUCAAUCCCCGAUUGCUCUGCUGUCGACUCCAGAACUCCACCACGGUGAGAGGCGGAAGUGGAGUCAAUGGAGGAGUGGCGGCCAUCGAUCCCGUGCUGCGAGGGUGCGAAGUAAUGAGCAGGCUCAAAUCUACAAACUGGCUGGCUACCAGAAGGACUGAUUUCUGAACUUUUUCUAAGUAUGGCUUGCAGAAGAAUAGGAGGCCAUGGACACACUCUCUCUCCAGCUUCCUCCAUUAACUGUGUAAAAGCCCUAGCAACUGGAAUUCGAACACAUAGUAUAUGCAUGGUGUCUGAUUUUUUUUAUCCAAAUAUGGGAGGAGUGGAAAGUCACAUCUACCAGCUGUCACAUUGCCUGAUUGAAAGAGGGCACAAAGUUAUAAUUGUCACCCAUGCUUAUGGAAACCGAAAAGGCAUUCGUUACCUCGCCAAUGGUCUGAAAGUUUAUUAUUUACCUUUGAAGGUCAUGUACAAUCAGUCUACAGCAACAACGCUCUUCCACAGUCUGCCUCUGCUCAGGUACAUAUUUGUGCGGGAGAGAGUCACCAUAGUCCAUUCCCAUAGUUCAUUUUCUUCCAUGGCUCAUGAUGCACUUUUCCAUGCCAAGACAAUGGGACUACAGACAGUUUUUACAGACCAUUCUCUCUUUGGAUUUGCUGAUGUCAGUUCGGUGCUUACAAACAAACUUCUAACUGUUUCACUGUGUGAUACAAACCACAUCAUUUGUGUCUCUUACACUAGCAAGGAAAACACUGUACUAAGAGCAGCACUGAAUCCUGAGAUCGUAUCUGUCAUCCCUAAUGCUGUUGAUCCCACCGACUUCACUCCAGACCCAAGUAGGAGGGAUGAUAGUACGAUAACAGUUGUUGUUGUCAGCAGGCUUGUUUACAGAAAAGGUAAUGAGGUCCAAACUGUAAGUUGCUUUUCAAAUAAUUUUUUUCUCAUUUUUUUAAAUGGGUGGUAAGAAAUGUUCAGUGUUUAAGCAACUGAAUACAGACACCAUAUCUGUGACCAAUUGAUAAUGUAUUUAAUCUGAAACAGUUGUUUCACUCAUUUCCCUCUUUCCACUUCCAUGUAUUAAGUCUAAGGGCCUGAUCCUAAGGGACUUAACUCUUAUUGACUUCAUUGGAACAGAAGCCGGCCCUGAACAGCCAAUCCUGUGAGUCACCAAGUGACAGGGUACUCAGCAGCUGUCAUGGAGUCACAGGGUCUGUGCUAUGCCCCCAGCCUGUCUCCAGUCCCCUGGGAGUGACCUAUGUAGUGUGCCCCAAAGACCCACACAGUUCCACAGGGGAGGUCCGUGGCCUUUAAGACCCCGAGACUGGGCUUUCAACACCUGUCUCCAUGCCUUCCUGCAGCAAAUCCAGCCAAGCCAGACUUCUGUGGGAGGCUGGUACUGGGGUACAGGGGAAUGUUCUUGUUAAAAGAAAAAUUAAACCUACGUCCACUGUUUUUUUUUUUUAAAUUCUUUGGUCUUAGAUUUUGAAUAUGUGUACACUUUGGUCAGAUUUAUUUAAAUUUUGGUCUUGUAAAGACUCUACAGUAAGGUCCCAUUUCUACAGUCAGUGGAAAUGAGCACCUUGCUGCACUCACACAGAACCCCACUGAAGUCAGUGGAGCUCCUGGCAGGCACAGUGCUGUCCCUGCACAUAGUAAAUGUGUGUUUAUCCUGACAAUGUCCCUUUUUAAAUAGAAAAAUAAAUAAUUGUAUGAAACUACUUAGGUCCCACUCCUGUAACAAAUCCUGACCAGUUUUAAAAAAAAAAAAAGUUUCCACUUUUUCCUCUUUAAUUGUAGCAAUGAGCUGAUAUUUAAGCAAAUAAGCAUUGUAAUCUUAAAAACCUGAAAGUGAAGCUGUUUAAUAAGUGAAAAUUGACUCAUUUGAUUUUCAUUGCCCCAGUAGGUAGAAAUGGAAGAAGUAAACAAAGAAUAUAAACCAGUGAUACUCAGACUGAGGCUCACGAGCUGUAUAGAUUUGCUUAGUGGUAUAAUUCCUGAACUUUGUCAGAAAUAUCCAGAUUUACAUUUCUUAGUUGGAGGAGAAGGACCAAAGCGAAUCGUUUUGGAAGAGGUACGGGAAAGAUACCAACUACAUGACAGAGUGCGUCUUUUAGGGGCUUUGGAACACCAGGAUGUUAGAAAUGUCUUGGUCCAGGGACACAUUUUUCUCAAUACUUCUCUCACUGAAGCCUUCUGUAUGGCAAUUGUGGAAGCAGCCAGUUGUGGUUUACAGGUUGUGAGUACAAGAGUUGGUGGAAUCCCUGAGGUGCUACCAGAAAAUCUUAUCAUCUUAUGUGAGCCCUCAGUGAAAUCUCUGUGUGAUGGUCUGGAAAAAGCUGUUGCCCAGAUCAGGUCAGGAACACUAGCAACCCCAGAAACUAUCCAUAACAAAGUAAAGACAUUCUAUACAUGGAGAAACGUUGCAGAGAGAACUGCAAAAGUGUAUGACAGAGUUGCAGAUGAAGUGGUAUUACCAAUGGACAAGCGGCUUGACAGACUAAUAUCUCACUGUGGCUCAGUGACUGGGUGUAUUUUUGCUCUUUUUGCUGUAUUAAGCUUCCUUUUCCUGGUAUUUCUGAGAUGGAUGACUCCAGAUUCUACUAUUGAUGUUGCAGUAGAUGCCACAGGUCCUAGUGGAGCAUGGACUCAACAGUAUUUUCCUAGUAAAAAAGGAAGCGAGAAAGAAGAGAUUCCAGACUGUUAAAAAUGUUUUAAGUGGGGAGGAAGGGCAUUGCUCUCUAAAAGGUUUAGUUGCUGAUAGAAUUAAUUCCACAAAGAGACAUUGUUUUUAAACUUUUAAAAGCUUUCCUAAAUUGUCGGAAAGAAACUUGGUAAAAUGUGCUACCUCAAGUUAGGAUUGUGCCAAUUAGUUUUGGGGAAAGACUUAAACAUAUGCAGUUUAUGGACAUAGUUCUUUUGCACUUACUUAAAGUAGGGAGGAAAGUGGUAAUAUGCACAGCUCAGGUGUAAAACUACCUUCAGAGAGACAAGAAUACUAGAUUUCAUCUGCCACUAGUGUAUUACACAGAGAAUAAGCAUGGAUUUUUCAUGGCACCCAGGGUGCCAAAACACAAAAUUAACUAGCUUUAGAUGGUUUUUGCCAACUCCAGAUAUUUGUAUUGAUUUAUUGGAGACGUGUGAAGAAUUGGCAAAAUAAAAAUACCUACCCAAUCCAUCGAAAAGUGAUAUGUGAAAUCACUUCUAUAAAAACAAGCACAUUACCCCAUGUAGACUUUCAACAUUUGAUGUACUGCUAGCCAGCUCUUGUCCUACCAACUGGGUCCCCUAGACAGACACUUCUGGCUGCACAAAACUAAUUUUGAAAGGGUUCUUCAAUGUUCUGCCUAAAUGUGAUCAGUAUCUCUCUGAUCUAUCAAAACUCCAUUAUAGAAUUUUUUUUGAUAUUUUAGGAAAUGCUAAAUACUGCCUAUUCACUCUUACAUGUAAACGUAACAUUUUGUUUUGUUUGUUUUAAAGUACUUGUGGAAUUGAGGGAAUUAUAUUAUUUUUAGAAACCAGCAUAAUGAAAAGGCACAAGCUUCCAAGAAUAGCUCAGGCCUGCCAACUUCUCCAGUAGACCGUGCCAAGAUGUAUGGUAACUUCUGUUUUUGUGAGAGAUGUAGAUAAACGUCCACUAAGGGCUAGACAAAGACUACCAAUGUUUUUCAUUUAUGACAUCAGUUGUAUUUGACUUUAUCUUCAGAAGAGAAAAUGUUAAACAGUUGUCAUGCCACCUAGCCUGCACCAAAGAUAUUCUUAAAUGAAUCCAGCAAGUUAAAUCUUUUUUUCUGGAAAAAGUUAAUGGAUCUGGCCAAUAGAUUUGCAUACUCCCUGUGAGGUGAGAAAUGUGGUCCCUUGCAGUUAUUGGUUCUCUAGCCCUAAUCUAAGUAGUCUACACCUAUAUCAAUCAGAAAACAACUUUGAGCACUAUAAGAAGAGAAGAGAUAUUUCACAUUCCUGUAAAGCAACUCUCACAAGGUGUUAUCUGUUGUAUGCACUGGAUUAAUGUCUUGCUCUUCCAUUGUUUUAAACUGAAAGGGUUUAACGAACCUGUGCAUAAUGAAACGCCCAAUGACGUAAUUGUAUUCUGGAUGUGCAAUAUGCAAGGUUAUGUUUUCAGAACUUUGCAGGAUAACUUAAAACAUGCAACCAGUCAAUGUUUUGUACAAACAUCUUGUAAAAUUUAAGUUUAUUUUGAUGUAUUGGAGUGCAAAGGUGAUAACAUUAUUAUUAUUAUUAUUAUUAUUUUAUUUUAUUGUUUUACUAAAUCUGUUUAACAGUAUUUUAAUGAAGCACUGAUGGGAUUAUGAGACACACUGUUUACAAAGUCUAAGAUUUAGUUUCUAGAAAAAAUGCUCAGCUCUAGAUAUUUAACAUAUAGUAAACAUAGUAUACAUUUGAACAUUUUUUUAAAUGUUAAGAAAAAAGAAGAGAUUAAAUAUAGCAGUACUAUAGAGAUUGAUAAAGUGGGUAGAGUUGUAGGUAACACUUCACUGAGAAUUUCAUAAUUUUUAAAAUCUGGUGCAUUAUUUAUUUUUUGUAAAAAUUUCUAAAAAAUCACUGAUACGAUUUCAGCUUAAUUUUACAAUAAGUAUUUUUGAAAUGUUAUGUUGAUUUCAGUUUUCUUUUGGAACUUUUCUGUUUUGAUUGCCGAAAGCAUAAUGGAACUCAUGUAAAGCGUACCGAACUCAUAAAUCAUACAAAACUCAAAUGUGGAGUAGAAGGAGAACUAUAUACAAUAUUCUUUCUUGUGCCAGAGUAUUACACUCUUCUGACUAAUACUGGAAGGCCUUCUUAUAGUCUUGUAUAAUUUUACAGGUUAACUAAGUCUUCUGUACCUUGCAAUAAAGCAUCUUUAGUAUAACAUGCAUACCCAGACACUAGCAACAUAUAUGGAAACUUACUGCACUGAUGAUGCUGCUUACUAUUCUAUCAUUGUAAAUAGAACUUUCUAUGGUAAAUGACGUAAAAAAGAAAAGGGUUUUGGUGUGUUGCAAAUGAAGUUUAAUCUGACUGGCUUAACUACAAAUGUACUGUAUCUCAAACAGUGUAGUUUAUAAUAUCCUUAGUUUGCUCUAUAGUUAUAUAUCCAUAGAUCCCUCUCCUCAUUUCCUCUUUUCAAACACUUGACACCUUGACCCGUCAACGUAUCCAUGAAUAGUCCCACUGAACUCAGUAGGAUUACUCUCCUACGUAAAGUUACUCAUAUACGUAAAUGUUUGCAGAUCUGGGGCCUAAAAUUGCAGUGUGCAAAUAAGAUGAGUAAAAGUGGGCAGGAUGGAGUCAUUGUCGAGCUAUAUCAAAAGAAGGACAAGAGACAGUUGAUAUGGUUUUAAUUAGGCUGCAACUUUAUUAUUAGAUGUCUGUGACUACCCAGCAGAUAAGUGUACAGUGAAGAUAACCCCAUAUUCAUUCAGUAUCUACUUGGGGACUUCUUCUAGCUCCACUCUUUUUUUUUCUUCCAUCCAGGACCCCCAGUCAACCCAUUGAUGGGACUUUACCAUCUCUUCCCCCUGCUCAAAUGAGGGUUAAGGUGAGCUAUAAGAAAUGGGGGUUGGCUCCCUGCCAUACCAGUCAUAGGAGCCCCAUUCAGACACAUACACACACACACCGGUUCCACUCCUUUAACCAAAGUCUCCUUUUUAAGUCCUUUACCAAGUCAUUUAUCUGGUCACGGUACCUUCCCUAUGGAGUACCUGCACUGGACAAGUAUACAAGUUCGAUGAGUAAAGUGCUCAGGUUAGUGUCACUCCUUUCACAGUCAGCGAGUGAUUCAGAAGACAGCAGUGGGAAAAGGAGAGGAGGAAGAGAGCUAUUGAAUAGCAUAUUUGUGGGACUGACAGAGGCAUGGAAUACUUGAGGAACAAAGUACAGAAAGCCAUGCAGAGUUCAUGGGUAAAUGCUAGUAUAAUAGUAAACAAAUAAUACUUUUUAAAAAAAAAAUCUGAAGAUACAAUUGUGAAAUGUGUUUUCCACUUUUACAAAUAAUAUCCAUUAAGUGUUACCAAACAGUGAAUCAAACCAACUGAAGAAAUAAUGUGUCUUAAAUGGAGCAAAGUCUGAAACAGACCUUUUGAAUUAAGGAUUACAGAAGACAUUUCCCUCUUCUUGAUGGAGCGGGUCAUCUUGAAAACUUGAGUGGUUUGACCUACUUUCUUAUUUCAAAGAUGAUGGAAAUCUUAAACUGAUUUGCAUUCUAUAGCAUGUGAGACCUUGCCUCUUGUGCCUAGACACUCUGUACAGACACUGUGAACAUACAUAACAGCAUGUUGAUAAUGUAAAAUAACCUCCUGUUAAAAUCAGAACAAGUAUCAAGUGGAGUAUGAAUGCCUCCUUAUUGUAUGAUAUUCAAAUGCUUUUUUAAGGGUCUGGAUAGAUCUAUAAAGGUAUAUCAAAUUGUAAUGUUUAAUCAUUUUUGUGGUCAAGGCUUUCUGUAUAAUUUUAAUAUAAAUUUAUUUUCCUUUUGGUA